UUGAGCGGAACGAACACAUAACACGCAGGAUGUCGCAAAUGGGGGCCAGCAUGUAGGGGCAGCUGGUUGGUGGUGAACAGUAGUGCGUGCGCGUGUGAUAUUAACGAACAGUUAGCUACAUUUAAUGCGUGAGUUACAUCGCCAACAAUGACAGAUAAAGAAGUACCCCUCAUAACAGUGAACGAUCUGCCUAUGACUUUUAAGAUUAAAUACUUAGGUAACUGUCCAGCCAGAGGACUAUGGGGCAUAAAACAUACGAGAAAGCCCGUUGAUCACCUAGUCUCGAUGGCGAAAAACCUACGACCCGGAGAAAUAUUGCCAUUGGUCGAUGUGGUCGUCUCCCAAAAUGGAUUUUCCUUCACUCAAAAGUCGAACAAAAAAUCCCCCUCGGAAACCACCUCUUUUACUGUGGACGUAAUUUCCUAUGGCGUACAGGAUUUGGUAUACACCCGAGUGUUCAGUAUGAUAAUUGUCGUCGACGAAACCCUCAAGAGCGCGAAUCCAUUCAUCUGCCACAGCUUCGUUUGCGAUUCGAGAGACCAAGCGAGGAAAAUUACGUACGCGUUAGCUGCGACAUUUCAAGAUUACGGCAGAAAGGUGAAAGAGGCUUCUAUAGAGUCGGGCAAGCCAAUGAAAAGGCUUGCCAUUGAUUUGAGGACGCCCGAGGAACAGGCUGAGGAUUCAGAUGGAGAGACGGACGCGUAACAGCUGUGGAGAUUUUAGAAUAGUGAUACCAUAAAACGUUAGCCAAAUUAGCAAUAGUAGUUCUAUCGUUUGGUACUUAAAUGUAAGAUGUCAACUUAAGGAUGCCAUUUAGAAUCAAAAUACACACGGCUACUAAAUUAUGUAGCUUAAAUUUAAGAAACAAAAAGUUUAUUUAUAUAAUAUUUGAAAUAAUGUUGAGAUUUAGAUGGAAAUUGGUAUUCGUACUUUUUUAUAUGCAAAAUUUGAAUUUGAUUUUAAUAUUGCUGCACCUACAUAUUCCUUCACUUUUUAAAAGGUCCUAAUUUUUUUGUCCAUACUUGUAUAUAUUUGUAUAAGUUGCUAUGGACAGCAGUUCUCGAGAUAUUUUUCCACCAAUUUGAAUAAAUACGGUUUCUUGGGGAUUUCAACCGGAAAAAAAUCUAUUUUUUAUAUUAAAAAAUUUAUGCAAUACGUGCAAAAAGUUAAGACAUUUCAAAAGAGUAAAAAGCCCUGUAAAGCGAUACCAAAAUCAAAUUCGAAUUUCACAUGUUAAAAGACUCCUUAUAUACUAAUUUGCGCAAAAUAUUAAUAUUACUUCAAAAAUUAUUUUAACAGAAACAAAAAUAAAAUUUUGAUACCCAUUAUGUCAAAAAUGAAUGUGUUCAAUGUUUUGAUGAUUUUUUUGUGUUGAAUUAAAUUCUUUAAAGUUGUUUCUCACUCUCACUAGAAAAGUUACAAAAUAAUUGCAGUAUUCAACAGUAUUAUUUUUGGUUCACAUUGUUUCUUUCUGGUGUCUUUAUAAAGUAUUUUAAACAGCUAUUUUAUGUUGUAAAAAUGGUUUCAAAAGCAAUUUGUGUAUUCAAAAAAUCUGAGAACAUUUUUCUAACUGAUGCUGCUGACAGAGAAAUUUGCGCUGCAAAAGCUCACCCGGUGUCAACAAAACUUGUGAAAUCAUUUGUGAUUUGUACUAAUAAAGUAAAUGUAUCAGGGAAGUUGCUUUUGCC